AUGACAGCGCUGAAGAAUGAAAAUGAACGAAGUCGAGAUGGUUCGCAUGACCGCACAGUACGUGGAACAUUUGCAUUCGGUUCCUCGACACCACGUCUGUUGUCACAUUUAUACAACGACGCUAAGAUCAAUCCACAGGUUGGCCGACGAUCCUAUACAACACCUGCUAUACCAACGACACGUUCCAAAACAGUGCCUGCACCGGUCAAAAUACACGUAACGAGAACGACAAAAAUUACUCAUAAGUCACCGGGAGCGGAGCAAAAACGAGUUAUUAGCAGUACAACACAUCAUGUGGUGUCCAUUAAUCACAAGCGACCGCAACAGCAGCAGCAGCAACAGCAACAACAACAGCCAAAGGAGGGGAGCAAAGAAUUCAUGAAUUCGGUGAAAGAAAAACUGGAAAAUCAAAAAAAUACCAUGCAAGCAUUAGCGGACAAAACGGCCAAAAAAGUGACUGAAAUAAAGGUUAAGCCUUCAGUUGGGAAGGCGCCCAAAAGCACCAAGGAUGCAGUAAAAACGAAAAAAAUUGAGAAAUCUGAGGGGCUGAGAGAUUUUUCAAGGAAUGAAGAGUUAAAAUCACCUGCUCCCUCGCCUACUGACACGCCGAAUCUUGAAAUUGAGUCGUCUGAACCUCAGCACCGUAAGGAUGAAGAAACUAUUGCUGGUACCAUUGACGUCCUGAAAGAUGAAGUAAAAGUGCCGGCUGUUACUGGUACCACUCCUGUUCCAGAGGAGGAAACAAAGGUGUUGGCUGCUGCCGCUGGUGGUGGUGAUGAUGGUACCACUGCCGUUCGGCAAGAUGAAGCAAAGGCGUUAACAAUUGAAGCAACCCAUCCACAACAUAUUCUAUCGCAUCCGUUGCCAGAAGAGGACGAGGGAAGCAGUUUAGCAGCAAAAGCACGCAUCAAAAGUAUGGAAGAUAACCGGACAGUGCAGCAGGUGAUCGGCGAUGAUGAGAUGACCGAACUGGAAUCCGGGGGAGCUGAAGCGUACCAUCUUGGUUCGAUCGGUCACGGAGAUGUCAGUAAUGCAACGGUGGCACUUAUUUCCAAAGUAGCCGAGCAUCUGAAUCAUAUGGAUGAGAAGGCGUUACUUGGGCCAAAAGCUCAGGAUCAAGAAACACUGGCCACAUCUCCGCUUCAGGAAGAACAAGAAAUAGGCACUCCGGCUUCCGAGCGCGGUGACAUUGAAGCAUCAGGCAUCGAGCAAAUUCGAGUUUCCCCUCUCACCUCAUCUACUCCAUUCCCAGAAGCAGUAACGAUGCAGCUCCCAUCACAUUUAGAUCAUGAGAAUUCUAGAGCAAAAAGUACCACGGAUGAGGAGCGGCAGCCCAGAAGCACGGCAUUCGAUGAGAAAGAAGGGGAAAUGCCAAUAGAAGAACUGAAACACCUUGCCAGAUCAGAGGAACUGAGGCACUCAGCCGUGAACGAACUAAGCCCGGAAAAGCCAGAUCAACCACAAAAUGCUGUUCCAGAAUCGCAUGAGCUAUCCGGCGAGGAGCACCGGGAUCUGAAUCCAUCAUUUGUCUACAACUACGGUUACGAGUAUCAUUCUGCAACGACAGAAGAAAGGUUACCAGAAGAAUCGCUGAAGCUAGAUUCCUCUAAGGGAGGUGAUCCUGGAAUGAAGGACCAGAAAAAGUCCGGAGAUACGGUAGAAGGAAUUUCUGCGCUCUAA